AACAUGCUUUUCAACUGGUUUCAAAUUGCAGUUAACAUAUUCAAUAUUACCUUCAAUUUAUACUGUAUUCAAUAAAAGCUAGCUAUGUUUCAAUAUACAUAUCAAUUUAUUAGUAUUGACAGUUCAAAAAUCGGAUAAAUGACGCAUUCAUUAUUUGAGUUAUUGUCGUUAGUUGCUAACGUAUAUUUUUAUUGUUAGUCUGUUUGUUAUUAAUCGUAACCAUGCCGCCGAAAAAAAAGGGAAACGUUGGAAACAAAAAGGAUGAUAUUGUUCGUAUAGACCCAAAAAAGCAUGAGGCGAAAUUAAAAGAAAUAGAGAAGAGACACAUUGCAGAAGCUAUAGCUGAACAGGAACUGUUAGAGGAUAUGUUGUUAGAAGAGGAAGAAAUGAUCGAAGAAGAAGACGAGGGAGAUGAAGACUGGUCUGAUAUUGAGCCUGCGUUUAAUGUAGGGCGCAUAGAUCUGUCCUUCCCUGAAACCGCCGCAGAGUUCGCUAAUUCACCUCAAUGUUAUCCGCCAAGCUAUUACACAUUGUCUCCUAAGGAACGACUUUUGCUGUUAUAUGCUGAGAAUUUUAGAAAGCAAUUCGCCACAUUUUAUCCAAAACGAAGGCCAUUAGUGUUAGCCUUACCAAAUGAAUGCAACGUUCAGAAACUGGUUUGCACUACUAUACGACCAACUGCAUUUAUUCAUAUUCCAUUAAUCGGUAGUGAAGAGGAAUGUGCUCGUUUCGUUGCUGACUUUAUUGUAUAUGAACCACUUGAGGACGUAACGAAAUUCGUAAGUAAUAGUAUUAUUAUUGAAUUGAUAACUACCUCAAGAAACCUGCAUGCCGGAAUAGUUCGUCAUGACCUAAGAAUGGCAAAGUACGAGUUCAUCUAACGCAAUUCACGUCUUUAUGUUACGAUGGUAUGUACAUUUACUUGUACAUUCGAGUAUGAACAAUGACUUCGAAGGUGUUUAGAUUAUUAAUUAUUUAUUAAGUGUCAAUGUGCCAUGCCUACGAGGAAUAUACCAUUACCAGUGCAUCUCACUUCAAUAAAAUAAUUCGUAUG